GAAAAUAUUCCUGUAGUAGUUACGUAUCUGAUGACUGCUACCGCUACUGAUGAGUGCAUCUAUUCAUAUGGGCAUUGUUGAAAUCAUAAUUAUAGCUAGAGAACUUUGCUAUAAUAUAGAAAAUCAUGGCUGAACUAUUAUCGAAACUCCAUGACGAGUUGCUUGCAAUGAAGUGCUAUCUUUGCAAGAAUGUUUUAUCGCUACCACCAAUAAUAUCGAUUUGCGAAGAUGGAAAACAAUUGAAAUGUGGAAGGUGUAAAGAUAUCAAUAUACCAUCUACUGGCAGAAACUUCACUCUGGAAAGUAUGGCGAAGUUCUUUUCAUAUCCCUGCAUCUACGAGGAUUGCAACAAAUCAAUGCCGUGGGAUGAAGUGCAAAGCCAUGAAGACAGCUGCGCCAAGAAAACUAUCAAAUGUCCAAUUUACUAUCAGGAUUGUGAGGAAAUUGUAAUGGUGCAAAAAUUGAGGGAGCACAUGGAAAACAAACAUGAAUAUAAUAUUUUCUAUGGAUCUUUCACCACUGUAAUGACAUCCGAUUGGUGUAAUAUAAUUGUUGUGAUAUACAGCGAUCAGAAGUUUCUUAUUAUGAUAAGAACUAUAUCGCCUUGCCAUAUCUACGUAACAUCGCUGAACAAUACCGAUGCAUCCUUCGAAUACGAUUUGAAAUUGUCCAGCGUUCAUAAUGACAGUCAUUCUGUCUUGAUUGAAAAUCAGACAAUAGUCAAAUAUAACGAGAGGGAUCAUUGUUUCCGAUGCAUAAGAAACACAUGUUAUGUGAAUUACCAUCCUCAUUCGAGAAUAAACGGAAAUGUUCCUGUCAAUAUGAAUUGUAAAAAGAUUGAUUUAUCCAGCAUGAAAACCUUAUUUGGUGACGUAUCUGAGAUCAGAUAUACCAUUACAUUUCAUCCAAAGGAAGGCUAUGAAGAAAACGAAAAACUGGUGGAUUGUAAAUCAGCGAUGAAAUACCAAACAAACAAGUUUCCGAUGGAAAACUGUACCAAACUUUUGAGAAGACAGUUACAGUGUCCUAUCUGCAUGAAGUAUAUGAUGGGCCAAAUAUACAACUGCAAUAUUGGGCAUGUAUUGUGCGAAACAUGUAGAGUACAGCUGAAUAAUUGUCCUCAGUGUCAAAUGGAGCUUGACAGCUUGAGAAAUCAUCCUUUGGAGCAUUUGGCUGAUGAAGUUGUGUUCCCCUGUAUAUUUUCGAAAAACGGUUGUCAUUUCAUUGGAAAAUUGCAAGCGCUUAUGGUGCACGAACAAUGCUGUGGAUUCAAAUAGAUAUUGAUUU